UCUCCCUCAGAACAACAUGGCGGUUAUAGUGGGAGCAGUUUGUGGAGCGUUGUUUCUGCUCGUCCUCAUCGCUGUGGCCGCCUGCGUCGUCAUGAGGGUGAUGCACAGCCGCCACGAAUACGAAGGAUGCACGUCCUUGGAAAGCGUGAGCUCUCAGGCUCCCAAGCCCCGAAAGAAGGUGGAGGUCAAUCUGGAGAGCUCCAGGGGCCCCAACCCCUCGGGGCCGGUACAGGGCCCGGUGAUAUAUGCCCAGUUGGAUCACUCGGGCAGCAGGAGCUCCUUCCACAAGAUGGAGCCAGUGGUCUACGCUGACAUCCGUAAAAACUGAAGAGGAACUGGGGAACACGUUAACAAAAAAAAAACACAGUAAAGUAUCAGACCUCUCCAUCAGCUGCUCUUGGGAAGGGCGGGGAAAAUCUAUCAUAUAACAGGGACACAGUCAGUUUCUUUAUUUUAUUUGAUCUUUUCUUCAUCCUCUGAAAGCAUGACAUGAUCAAAUCUCAAUGUGCUUUUAUUUAGAAAAACACCCCAAUGGACACUACGUCACUCCGUCUUUAAAUGGUUCGUUAAAAUCAAGAAUGCCGUCAUAUGAUAUCAUUUACUUUAUGUUUUAUUACCGUAGGGCUCUGCAGGCUGUUGCACCAGCUGGAAUAAUACGUUUAAUGUUGAUUAAAACUGCUUCAUUGUGACUGUCAUUUCACACGUAAUCACUAUAAAUUAAAUAACCUUAUAUACUGUAAUAACAGCUGAUUCUAAUCAAAACAGGAUCGCAGAAAUGAACGCUACUAACAAGUAAAGGAAGGGAUUGGAUUACAAAAAAUACUAUUUAUCCUACUGCAUGUAAACGAGUAAACGGAGUACUCCAACACACUUUUCAAACUCCCAGCUUCUGUGAACGCACCGUUAAAUCACCGCUAGUAUAAAGGCAACAAAACCUAAUUGAAAUAUAUUUUAAAAAACAUAAUUGAAUCAGUAAUGACAACAGUGGAUCAGGAUUCACCAAAGCUGUGCUGACAUUGCAGAAUGUAUUGAUGUGUUUUACUCUACUUUAGAGUGUUUGCUAUAUCAUCAAUUGAUUAACAAAGGGAGCAUUUUUUAUUUAUUUAUUCCAAAUAUGGCAAUAGGCGAUUGAGGUGAUGUUUGGAUGCAUCAUUUUCCAAAUCAUUUACCAACAGUUUCUGGCUUUUAUUUGUUAGACUGCUCCAACAUUAUAUCCAUAUUAACCACAUCUUUGUUAACACUAGCGUAAAAACACGUAAUAGCCAACGCUAAAAUAUCAUCUAAAUCCCGAUGUAUUUCGUUCCAAAGUACAUCCUGAAAUUUGGUUUUUUUCCCAUUCUGUCCAUCUCCAGAAAAGGAGAACGCUUGGAAUAAAAAUAACACUCUUAAUAAUCUUCAUUUUCUAUCAGCAGUCACUGACUUUAAUGACAUUCCUGCGAAGCUACAAUUCAAACUCUUGAAGUCGAUGCAACAGUCUGCAGAUUCCUCAGUGAUGUUCUUCACAUUGCCUUCAGUAACUCUGCACGCAGUAAUAUUAACAUCUACAGACUGACGUUAUGGUACUCUGACAUUAUGUUACUGUGAAUGCUUCUGGCAUGUUGUGGUACCUCGUGACAAAAAAAAAAAAAACACUGCCUCCUUUUUUGAUUUUCACCUCAGUGCAACCGUUUCUUGUCGUCUUUAAAAUACAUAUAAGCAUAG